CAACAUUCGUCUCUCCAUCUCGUGCCUUUUCCCACAAGACUUUCUCUCUAUUGCUUUCAAGACUCACAAUGCCGCCCGUUCCUUCCCUCUCUGCACUCCGCGCGUUUCGCGUCAUAGUACGCCUCCCUCUUUCCAAUCCUUCACGACCAAGCUCCUCCAUCCUACGAAGCGCAACAUCACGCUCCUUCUCCACGACACCGAGCCGCUGCAUGACACUGAACCAAGUCCGCACGCAGGGUCGACACCCCAAGAAAGCCCGGCACGCCGUGUCCCCGGCGCUUGCCUCGCAGAAACGGCCCGAAAUGAAAGGUGUCUGUCUGAAAGUGGGCGUGACAAAGCCGAAAAAGCCCAACUCGGGCCAGCGCAAGACCGCCAAAGUCCGCCUGUCCAACGGCAAAGUCAUCUCCGCGUACAUUCCUGGUGAGGGACAUAAUGUGCAGCAGCACAGCGUGGUGCUCGUAAGGGGCGGCAGGAGUCAGGAUUGUCCUGGUGUGCGGUAUCAUCUUGUCAGGGGGGCUUUUGAUCUGGGUGGUGUACCGAGUCGAGCAACAAGUCGAAGCAAGUAUGGGACCAAGAAGCCCAAGACUGCUUAAGCAUUGAUUGAGAGAAAAGAGGGGAAUCGUGGCGUGCGAUAAACCUGUUACAGGGUAAACGAUAUAAUGGCUGGAUUGGUUCACUCUGGCCUCGCUCGGUCUUGUGAGGAGGGUUACUGAAGGACAUUGCGAGGGGACUUCGUGACUGCAUAGGAACACUCCCGGCAGUGGCUUCGAGCCAUGAGUUUGCAUUGAUCCCCAAAGGCCCACGGACAUGGUGAAUGAGACGGCCGAAUGUACGCGUGGAAGGUUGUCAAAGAGAAGCUGGGACGAAGACGUCCGGGACGGCACUGUUGUGGUUUGACUCAACCACAAGAAAGAGAAAGACCGAUGUUGUGGACAGGAAUUCUGUAGGAGGACCCAUCAAGCUACGAUCAGGUCGGAGUUGGGCCAUUUCGGCAAUGGGGCUUAUGCUUCGCUCUCGCCGAGAGUUGAGAAAGGAGACGAGACGAUUUUCAACAACACAAUACGAAAUCCGGAGCCCGAUACGCUCUCUUUCCGUACCUAGAGGGGUAUGGCAGCGACUCAGCUCGACCUCGUCAGUUCCGGUGUCAAGGGCUUGUGGCACAUAUCUGACUCUCUCGCUGUCCGUUUCCUCAGGUUCAGUUGUGGCCUUGGAAGCAUUACUGGAGGGUUUCGUCCGCAAUAAGAGUCAAGGCAGUUGUGAGAAUCAUGUAUAUCUAGGUUGUACUCAAGCCUGAAGAGCUGUACAAUUUUGGUACUUUAUUGUAGACCCCAUUCUAAGAACUUGACGGGGUGGAAUGAAAUGCAAUCGAACCUAGCUCGACCUUGAAGAGGUAAAACUCCUC